AUAUCCUUUUUCAAUCACGAUAAUAAUCGUACGAUUAGGGAUAAGUCAGUCCUUUGCUUACGGGCUCAGGCAAGUCCCCAUUUCAAUAUCACAAUAGCCGCGUUCACCAUUGAGACGGUGGACUCAGCCCGAGCCUCAGCCACAUUGUAUUUGUAUUAGUCCCUGUCAUCUCUGGGCAAGAGGCGAAGUCGCUGACUUUUCUCGAAGAGACCCUAUGCCAACUGCAAUUCUGAAGACUACAAUAGAACAUAACUCAAAGUACCUGGAAGUUGGAUGCUAGAGCCAAGCUGCUGCGCGCCCUAACUCAUUAGACAUAUCGAUCCACAAAGUCCCGGCUGCAAAAAUGGUUGCUGACAAGGGCCCUUUGCCUCCUGGCUGGGAAAUGAAAUGGGACAGCAGGCGUGGAAAAGCGUAUUUCAUCGAUCACACGUCUCAAACUACCACCUGGCAGGACCCAAGAGACCAGCAUGGAAGCUCACAGGCGCAACAACCGCAGGCUCAGCAGCAAUACCAGUCACAGUGGCAGUGGCAACAACAACAGCAACAACAACACCAGCCACAACACCAGCCUCAGACUCACCAGCCACAGCACCAGCCACAGACUCAUCAGCCACUGCACCAGUCACACCAGCCACAUGGGCAGUGGCAGCAACAGCAGCAACAACUACAUCAGCAACAUCAGCCACCACAUCAGCAACAGCAACACCAACAGCCACAUCAACAGCAGCACCAACAGCCACAUCAACAGCAGCACCAACAGCCACAGUGGCAGUGGCAACAGCAUCAGUCACAGCCACAGCCACAGCAAACACGACAAAAUGACAGCCAUCAUCAGCACGGCCUCCCAUAUCCCAGUCGCCCACAGCAGCAGGAGCAGCAGCAUGCUAAUCAUCAGCACUCUGCGCUCCCGUACUCUGUUCAGCCCCAGCAGGGUGAGCACCACAGCCACUUUGCCCACCACAUUCACCAGCCGCCCACCCCGCCGGUGCAGACUACAGAGAGCGCUCAGCGGCCGGCUGCGACCGGCUCGCCGCUCAGCGUGCCCCGGCAGGCGGCCUACAGCGGCCAGCCGGCGGCGCGCCGCUCCAGUCAGCUGUCCGUGCCGCCCGGUCAGACUCAGACGACCGGGGGAACAGGCGGCGGCUCGCUGACGUCCGAGGAGUCUGGCACCGAGCGGCCGGUGACCAGCACCGAGGCUGUGCCGCGGAUCUGCGCUCUUUUCCCCCAUAUCGAGCCGCACGUCAUCAGCGACCUGCUGACAAAGUACAGCAGCCGCGAGGAGGUGGUGAUCGCCGCGCUGAGCGUCUCCCCGCCGGCCACCGAGGCCGACCACGACCACAACCAGUCGGCCGACUCGGAGGACUCGGCCACCAAAAUCGGCGCCCUGUUCCCCACCGUGCCAGAGGAGCGCAUCCGAGAGCUGCUCAAACGGUACCACCAGCGCGAGGCGGUGGUCAUCUCGGCACUGCAGGUCCAGCGCCACCCGCUGGUCAUGCCCGGACCGCUCGGGACCCCGCCCUCGUUCCGGGCAGCCGCCGCCGCCGCCGUCGCCACCGCCAGUCCCUCGCUGGCCGCCACGGCCACGCCGCGACAUGCCUCCCCGUCGCCGCCGUCGUACGGAGCUCCUGCUGCGGGGCCGGUGACGGGCCCCGGCUCUCCGCGGCCCGGCUCGGCCGGCAGUGGUGCCACCGUCUCCUGGCCGUCGCCCGUGCUCGGCUACUCGUCUCCGCGUCCGGACGGCCAGCCGCGGCCCCACUCGUCGCCAAAAAUGAAGCUCAGGUACCUGAAGUCAGUGUUCCCGGAGGCCGAUGAAGCUCUCCUGUUGGAUGUGCUCACCAACUGCGACAACAGCGUGCAGAAGGCCGGCAUCCGCCUCACCAGCAUGGGGUACGACAAGAGCGAGACGCCCGUGAUUCCUGCCCGGUUCGACCUGCGCCACCAGCGGGAUGCGGCCGUGGUGCGGCGUCCCGAGAGCCCGCGGCAGCCGGAGCCGUCCCCUCGCUCCCGGCUGGUCAUCUCGGAGACCGAGCGACAGCGCGCUCGUGACGCCCUGCUGCGCGACUUUCCGUCCGUCUCGGAGGAGGUGCGGAAGCUGGCCCUCGAGUCGGGCGGCUAUGACCUCGAGCGGACGAGGAGUGUGCUGGAGAGCAUGGUGGAGGGUCGCGGCUCGUCGGCCGCCACCGUCACCGACUCGGCGCCGGUCUCGGCACACACCAGCGGUGAGCCGGCCUCCGGUCCGUCCCCGAAGCACAGUUCUCCCCGCUCGCCGCGGCGCGUGGCGCGCGUCCAGGCGGAGACGACGUCCACCAGUCCUCUGGCCAGUCCGAGCAGAAAGGCGCGCACCACAGCGGCCGCCCAGCCACCAAGCGGAGGACGCAGCACCAAAAUGGAGUACCGGUCUCAGAACAGGACCGCGGCGCGUGGAGCCGACAAAAGCCUAGUGCGCGGACCCCAGUCGACCAACCUGCUAUCCGACUACAUCGCUUGGAACGGUCCUGACCCGGAGUUGCGCCACGGCCCCAACCCCGAGCUGCGGGCGGGAGUGCAGGCCGGCCGCGCCAAAGGGGCCGACGCCAGUCUGUGUCUCGGCCCGUCGUGCGCCACUAUCAAGCAGUACGCGCGCUCAAUGCGCCGCAUGUUAGUCACCAAGCUGUAAGUCAUCCGCCCUGCCGGCCUCUGCCGUCAUUCAGCGCCCUUAUAGCGUGAGCGUCGAGCUUAUAGCGGAUAGUGCUUCACCGGCCCUGUCACAGGCCGCGCAGGCUAAGGCCGUCCAUCUGACCGACCGACCAGCGACUGGUGCAACUUGCAACUGGUGCACCGUUGCCACGCCCGCUGACUGGCUGGGGUCAUCGGCAGCCGGCACCGGGGACAAACAAAGGCGAACUUGUGGAGCUUAGCCACGGAAUUUAUCGACGCCGUUGUGAGUUUUAUUUCGCAUGGAGUCCGCUUAGCCAACAUCAAAACAUGAUGAAUGACAAGACAUUGUACAACUGCCGGCUUCUGCUUGCCUAUCUGCGUUUUACCGGUAUCGUUAGCUAUGCGACGUUGAAGUAACGCUAAAUCUUAGUAGCUGCAUGGUGCUGGCUGGAUGAGUCACUUUAUCACCGCUGGCUCCUUUUGGAUGGCGCGUGCCGUUCCACUCAGAAGGUGCCACAUCUUGCGGUAUGUCUACCGAACCGCCUGUGCCAUUUCGACUGAUCAGGGGCCUUUUGUCAGUAUAGUGGGGGACAGCGGGAAUGAUGUUCAUUUACAGAAUUGAAGCGGAACUAGUCUGUCAUUUUGCAACCUGAAUUAGUCACUGAGUUCGCUGCAAUGCGUUUUUGGAAUAUUUGUGGAAGAUGUGUGUAAUAAGUCACAACUCCCAGUGCUAGUCAUUCGGGUUCAUUUAUUCGCGUGCAAUAUGAAAUUGUUUACUUGGCCCAGGUUGCCAAAUGCCAGGACAUCCUUUUAUUAUUUACAACGGAGCUUAAUGGAUUUUAAUCGCGUUUUUCCGCGGGUUUGUCCGCCUAGUAGCUCAGCGCGGAGAGCGUCUAGUUUCUAAGAUGAAAAUGCUUAGCUUAGUCGGUGUUAGAUAGUGUGUUCUGUGUCAGUGUGUCAGUGUGCUAGGGAGUGUGCCCUGUCUGCCUCAGCACGCAGUGUGCUAGGGAGUAUAUCCUGUUUGCCUCGGCGCAGCAGCCCGCCCGGCGUACAGGCCACCACCAGUUGUGCGUCCCGCGUAUAUCAGACUUGGGCAUUUACUUUAGAGCGUGUCAAGGAUAUCCGAGCGUGGCACGCAUCAGUCAAUAAGCAACAUUAUAGUUUCCAAGUAAUCAUUAACUGCUACUGAAAAUAGUAUAUUUUUCAAUGCAUUCUCGUAAAAACCCUUUUAGGGUUAGACAUCGCAAGAACGGUUGCCCAGAUAAUGCAAUGCCCGUUGUCCAGCCUGCCUGCCAAUUUGCCGUCGCUGUUUAAGAUCUGAUAUUUUCUAGCUGUAGUAAUUACAUCAACAUAAAUUUGUACGAAUCACCUGAAUGUAGAACGAUGUGAGGUGGCAGGGGCGGCGCCCGCCGUGGCUGCAUGUGUCCGCCCGCCGGUAACGCUGCGACAGUAACCGGUCACCGGCUGUGUGUCGGUCGAUCGACCCCAGUGCGAGCCUGCCUACAACUGUGCCCGCUGUGAGUUCUGCUCCGCCCCGGAGAUCGGUCGCUCGUGCCUGACUGCGUUUGUUUUCGGAUAGGGGCCGCUGGGCGACUGAGAGCGCUUAUGGACUGAGUCCGUCCGGUGGCCCCGCUGACGCCGAGGCCAGGCUCCAUGCGCCGCGCUAACGCCGCUGUAUUCUGUGUUGUGAUGUAUGCUGGCACCGCUGUACCCUUCACCCACCGCAGUAUUGCAUACAAAGCCUUUGUCGUGAA